UGCUUCCCAAUUGCCCACCAGUACCUGCUUCUUGAAUUUAUUCCGCGUUCUAUUGCUCGAAUCUCUGUAUCUCACUUUUGCUGAUCUGUUUUCUAGAUACUGCCAUAUAUCUUGCGCUGUCCGAAGAAAACAGCAGUAAACAGCCCUCUUCUUUUCUCCAUUAUCUUUGACGCAUCUUCUUCUCCAAGUUGCCAUUCAUUGCAUGUAAGAGCGUUUGGAUCUUAUGCAGCGUGCUUGUCUAUUGACCAACUUGAUCUCGACUUCUUUGUUUACUUUUUCCAGUCGCCGACUUCUGUCGAAAACAGCCCAUUGUGCCCUAUCGAUUCAACAUGUCCUUGCUUUCAGCUGCCUCACCGGAAACUGGCCGUAGAGACCACGAUGAGAGAACGUCUUCCAAUAGCGGAAAUGUUGAAAUUCACACGCUAUCUGGUGGACGUGAGAUAUCAGGUCACAAGCACUCAAACCCCUGUAUCAGCUCUCCCGACCCUUUGGCUACUUCGAAGCUUGGGAACCUGCAGUCCCCCGUCGGCCAGAAAAAUGACAAUGCUUCCAAUAAGAAGCAGAAGUUGGAACAUACAAGCAAUACCCUUCCUCUGACGGGAAAUUCUGAAAUGGAAAGGCUCCUGGCGAAGCUUUCGCCAAAGCCCCAGUUGUCAGACUCCAAGCAAACGAUCAACCAGGAUAUCCUCUCAAAGUUGUCUGAGCAGCAGCUACUCCUCGACCAGCAAAAGAGUAUUUUGGCGAAAAAUAAAGUUGUUGGCCCAGGGCAUCUCGAAGAGCGCGAUAAACCUCUCACCAUGCCACAGCGUAUGGACGCUAAACAGGCUGCUAGCCCCAAAGAAGUUGCGCGUUUCGAGGCUUUCGACACCGAGGGUUCCGAGUUGCUUCGUCUAAAGCGGGAACUCCAGGCUGCUAACUCCAAAAUCGCCCUACAGGAGCAGGAACUAGCACAAACCCGUGUUAUCAAACAUACUUUGGACCAGGCCCUUGGUCCUCCAUCCGAAGCUGACUUUAGCGGACGGGAUAUAAGCGAACAAACAAUCAGCAAUCUGCAGAGCGCCUUCAACGCAUCCAUACCGGCGCCGCAUCUACUUCAAGACGGUUGGAAUACGCAGGAAGAUUCGCAGUCAGAUAUAUCCGAUGCACUCUCCGCCGGUGCUUACAAUAGAUCCAGGGGAUUUUGGGGCCCUCCUGCUCAGCAAGUUUAUGGUGUGGGAUUGAACUCAGAUAAAGCCUACGCUGAUAGCAAUAUGCCUCUCCCUGGCACUGCUUUCGGUCACGAUUCGAGCAGAUUUUGGGGUCCUUCAAACACAAACCCCUCGAUUCCAGCGAACAGUUCUUUCCAACCCCAUCGCGUGCUUUCAGGCCCAUCCACAGCUCCUUGCAGCUUUGAUGGACCUUUCUCCGACGACCAAGUCGACAAGAUUGUUUGCAACAAUGACCAACAAGCCUCUAUAUUCUUGCAGCAAAAGCUCAAAGUCGGCACAACAGAGCAAAAAUUCGACAUCAUCGAAGCCAUCAUCCAACAGGCUUACUCGCUCAUGGUGAAUCGAUUCGGAAACUUCCUUGUCCAGCGUUGUUUCGAACACGGAACUUCUGAGCAGAUCGUCGCAAUUGCGAAUGCUAUUAAGGGUAACACUUUGAGCCUCAGCAUGGAUCCUUUCGGCUGCCAUGUAGUCCAGAAGGCCUUUGACUGCGUGCCUGAGGAACACAAAGCAGUCAUGGUGCAUGAACUUCUGCGCAGGAUCCCUGAAACAGUCAUUCACCGGUAUGCGUGCCAUGUAUGGCAGAAGCUUUUCGAAUUACGCUGGAGUGGUGAGCCUCCGCAAAUUAUGGCAAAGGUCAACGAAGCUUUGCGCGGGAUGUGGCAUGAGGUUGCAUUGGGAGAGACUGGGAGCUUAGUGGUUCAGAAUAUCUUUGAGAAUUGCGUCGAAGACGAAAAGCGCCCUGCCAUUGAAGAAGUCCUAGCGAAGAUCGAUGUGCUUGCUCAUGGUCAGUUUGGAAACUGGUGCAUUCAACACAUCUGCGAGCAUGGUGCCCCCCACGAUAAGAGUCGUGCUAUUGAGCAUAUUCUUCUCUGGGUGGUGGAUUAUAGCAUGGAUCAAUUCGCGUCUAAGAUCGUGGAGAAAUGCCUAAAGAUUGGCGGCUCAGAAUUUUUAGACCGCUACCUUUCUCGAGUAUGCACUGGUCGUACAGAUAGACCUAGAAUGCCGUUGAUUGACAUUGCCGGAGACCAGUACGGGAAUUACCUGAUUCAGUGGAUUCUAAUGAAUGCUGCGCCCCACCAGAGGGAGCUGGUUGCAACUCAUAUCCGGCAUCCAAUCAACAUGGGGGUCGCUUCAGCCGAGGAAGCCAGUGGAAUCCCAGCUACCCCCCUUUUCGUUAAGAGAUUGACAAACCAAGUGUCGCAAGACCUGAAACAUCUCGAAAAGUACGAACCGGCGCGACCUACCCAAGACAUAGAUUCGAUCUUAGAUGUGAUUUGUGUGCAUGAAUGCCCUGCGAAUCAGACUUCGAGCUUUCCAGAUUUACAUGGUUGCACGAGGCUGAAAAAGCUUGACAUCCUAUGCCUCGUGCUCAUCUCAUAUACUCAUCUCGUUGAACUCUUAGGCUCUUUACUGUUCAUUUUAUCCAUUGUCCGCGCUCCACAUGUCCUGCUCCAGGGAAGUCGAUGGAGGUACAGUGACGGAAGUACGGAGUGUCUACGGCAGUGGAGUGUCUGCGGGACGGCUUUGUAA